AUGGCUCUCUACAACAACGGGGCCGAUGUGCCUUCGCCCCAGGAAGCCUCCAAUGGCUUCUCGCAGCCCAGUGCCUCGGGUACAUGGCACAAGGGCGAGGAGGAGGUGCGGCUGGUGGAGCCCAACCUGGUGAAGAAGGCUCACCGGGAAAUCCUGGACCACGAGCGCAAGCGGCGGGUGGAGCUGAAGUGCAUGGAGCUGCAGGAGAUGAUGGAGGAGCAGGGGUACUCUGAAGAGGAGAUCCGGCAGAAAGUGGGGACGUUUCGGCAAAUGCUGAUGGAGAAAGAAGGCGUGCUCACCAGGGAGGACCAGCACGGGCGCCAAAUCGUGAUAGAGAACCAUCACGGGGCAGACGGGGAGGAGUACGCGGCAGAGUACCCCGACUAUGGCGAGGGCUGCCUGCUGCAGUGUGACUGCUCGGCCGAGUGCUACCGCGAGGACAGUGGCCACCGCGAGUACAGGCUGAAAAGACGUUCGAGCAGUUCCACCUCUCCUCCGCCCAAGAAGAAAAAGAAAAAGAAAUCAGGUCACCGCCGGAGCCGCAAAAAGAGGAAACCCGGCUCGGAGCGCAGCUGCGACAGCUCUUCACCCAUCCGCAAGGAGAAGAAAAAGAAGACUGGAAAGAAACACAGACGCGACAGGUCUGAGUCGGGGUCGCGGAAGAAGAGAAGACACAGGUCCCGGAGCCCCAAGAACAAACGGAAAGAGAAAAACAAAGAGCGCAAGAGGUCUCGCAGCGAGUCCCCGGCCUGGCGCUCGCAUCGUCGCAGCUCCUGCAGCUCCCACAGCGCCUCACUCUCCUCUGACGACAGCGGCUCCAAAUCCCCCAGCAGGCUAAGCCCCAAGCGCCGGCAGGAUGGCCCCAAGGGCAGCAGCGCCCGCUCCAGCCGCAGCCCGUCCUCCCCCUCGCCCCGCCGCUCGGCCUCGCCGCACCAGAACGGGCACAAGGGCAGCGCCCAGAACGGCCGCCACAGCCACGGCGCCCCGCUCCCGGAGCCCUCGGAUGUACAGGCCGGCCUCGGCGUCCUCCUCUCCACGAGCUCAUGCAGCGACUCGGAGGGCUCGGCGGGCUCCCACCCCUACCACCCACCGCUCGGCCCUGAGAGGAACCACGGCGCCCACGCCAAGAAGGUGAAGGAGAGGCACCACCGGGGCCGGCCCAACAGCAGUUCGGAGUCAUCGGCCAAGCACUCCCGGCACGCCUCGGAGCGGAGGAAGAGCCCGUCGCCCAGCCCUGGCCAGCGCAGCAGCUCCUGGAGCUCCAGCGGCUCCCUCUCCAAGUCCCGUUCCCGCUCCCGGGAGAAGAGAGCAGGACGCAGCCGAUCCCGUUCGCCCUCACCAAAAAAACCUGCCAGCAGAGAGAAGGACAACGAGCCCCGAACACGCCAUGGUGAUCCCGAUCCUGCCCGGGCCCGGCGCCGCUCCAGGAGCUACUCCCCCAUUAGGAAGAGGAGACGUGACUCCCCCAGCUUCAUGGAGCCCAGGAGGAUCACGAGCGCUCGCAAGCGUCCCAUCCCCUACUACCGCCCCAGCCCCUCGUCCUCCAGCUCGCUGAGCACCUACUCCUACAGCCGCAGCCGCAGCCGCAGCUACGCAAGCUACAGGCUGGCGGGCAGAGAGAGAUGGGUCCCAGGGGCUGCCAGGCUCACCGGGCUGGGAAAACAGCCCUUCCCUGGGAUUGGGGGCCUGGAUUCUGGCCCCAAAUGGGAAUCCCCUCCUGGGUGCCAGGAGGGCGUCACUGGAGAGACCUGUUGGGACGUGAGGGCGAAGGACUAA